AUGUCGUCCCUUUCCUCCACCCGCGCCAGCGCCAGCCGACUCUCAGGACUCCUCAACAGACCACAAAUCACGCCCACGUCCAGCGCCUUCGCACGAUCGUCGGGUCCCCACCGCCUCAAUUCCAGCAACCAGCGCUCACCACCACGCCCCUCGUCCGCACCGCAACAAAGCCGGUCGAAUUUCCCCAUAAUCCCAAUCGUCGCCAUCGUCGCCCUCGGCUCCGGCUCCUACAUCCUCCUCGUCAAGUCCCGCACCGGCGUGAACCAAGCGCGCCCGUCCAACUAG